AUGAGAGCUCUGCCGAAAGCCCAAAUCAUACCUUUCUCGGCCUUUUGGCUAAGAUCAAGUGUAGUAUCUGUUCUUAUCAGUUUAAUAUCUGAUACGUGGGUCAAUGGCCCACACGAUAUUAAAUUAAUUUGGGUUUCUCACGUGUCGCUCAUGCGUUGCACUAAUGCAAGGGCCUGGCGCACCCCACCAAUUUCAGUUAAAUUUUUUCCGAUUGGGCCAUACGUAAUGGGCCUAUCAAUUGUUACACUCGCUACCAGGUCCUUUAGGCCUACGUUUUGGUCGGGCAGUGAGUGGAUUGAUAGCCCAAAACACAUCAGUACACACUACACUCUGAUUGACUUAUUUAUUCUCCAUUUGGAAGCCUGA